AUGGAUGCCGCACAAGAAAAGCUCUACUGGGACGAGCAAAUCCCUACAAAGAACGAUCACGAUUUCUACGCAUUCCCCAAAGAACAGCUGUCUGCCGACGAUGUCAUUCGAGCUCGCGAAGCACUCAAACGAAGGCAACGACGCGGCCUUGAAAGGUCGAUCAUUCGUACAACUGCCGAAUUGGACCAGUUCCAGUAUUCAUUUGCAAAUCAGGUCGAUGGAGCCUAUUUGAAGGUGCCAAGGAAACGCUAUUAUAUCAUGUCGUCUGGCAACAGCUACCUUAAAGACAACAGCAGAUCCAUUACAGAGAAAAUGGCACGACUACGAAAAAUGAUUGCAGAGAAUAAGCCAGAGCCGACAACAACAACGACAACAACAAAAACACCAGCAUCCAAUACCCCCAACACUGGAGAUGCCAUUUAUCGUUCAAAGUUAGAGGACAUCUAUGAUGGAGAGUUUGAUCAUAUUUACACGAAUGCGAUGCAAACGAUGGAAUACGCACAAAUAUCAUAUGCAGAGGAUGUAAAGAACAUUGGGAAUGCAGUCGAACAACUUGCACGUUCAUCAGAGGCACUACCAGGAUCUUCAACACCACCAGGACCUUCUACGCCACCAGGACAACCAUCAUCACCCAUCUUAUCCUCAAUACCAAUGCAGCGUACAGGUUCACGUGACCCACGACUUAAUCCCCGUAUUCCUUCCGAUCCAAGACGACGAUAG